AAGGCGCGUGCUCUUCCUGUCUUGAGGAUGGAGCUUCUUCACCCCCGUCUCUGGCCUCUCGAACGAAACGUCUCCAGGUUUUCUCUGUUUUUGUUUGGCAAGCCGAACUUAAGACUGUAGAUGUGAGUCUCCACGAGGACAGCAUCUCACCGGUUUUUUUUUUUUCGCUUCUCGUCUUCACUUCUCCUAGGACCUGGUGUUCUUGUUCUCUUUAAUACUACCAUUCCACGAUGGCUGGCCUCUUGGAUGGUUUGGGCGACGUUUUGGGGGACGUCGGUAGUGGGCUUCUCGGCGACAGUAACGAUAAUGGUAAUGGGGAAACGCAGGCGACAACAUCGGCGGAAAACGCCAGACAGACGCGUGUGGGAACGACGACGGAGGAACCUGCUCCUACUACGGCUUCAAGCGGCCGUCCGAAUUCGAGGCCUCAGCCAAACACUUCAGCGGAUGACAACGCAAACCAAUCGCCAACCACAACAUCAGCGCGAGCGGCAUCAUCGAGCCCUCUCGCGACAAGCCCAACGUCCGCUGCCCAACCGCAGCCCGCUACGACAGAUGCGCCGAACACGAACACACCGCCCCCUCAGACUACUACCGUCGCGCCCAGCUCGAGCUCUGUUGAGAGUCCAAGUGCUGAAACGCCGAGUGCAUCGCCGGAAACCUCGGAGACCACAGAAAAGGUGCCAGAGACCACAGCCAAACCUGAGCCAAGCACGACGUCCUCACCGACGACGUUCUUGCCCACGAUAUCCUUAUCCUCAACGUUGUUGACCACAACGUCGCUAACCCCGACGUCGCAGGUGAGCGCUUCGCCCGCUGUCCCGACGACCCUAGCGACGUCUGUCGUAGCCUCGAACCCCAUCGAGAGCACUCCAGUUCCGGCGCUCGACGUGCCGAGCGAGCUACCCAUCGUCUCGUCGACGUCGUCGCUUCUCGCCACGCAGCUCCUCCAAGAAGGGGCUACUGCCACGGAGAGCCCCAGCGUUGGUCUCAGUACACAGCCGCCGGGGCCGGAGAGCGGGAUGAUUGGGAGCCUGCCGGUGGCGGCCGUAGCCGGCAUCGCCGGCGGCGUGGGCGGGUUAGCCAUCAUCCUCGUGGUUCUCCUGACGCUUCGGCGCGUGUGGCGGAGGAGGCGCAAUGGCAACGAGGAAGCCCUGUCUCGGCUCGAUUCGUACGAUUCCGGUCGGCCGAUGUCGAUCGUGUCGACCGAGAAGUCCGUCCGCUGGAACCGGGGCCUUUCCGAGUUCCACAAGCCUACAGACAACAGCUACAGGGCGUACCGGAUGUAAUAUGCGAGGAGCACCUGAAGAAGGGGACAAGGAGAGACUUUGUCUUGUAGCGGGGCCAAAUUGGCAUUGCAUAUAGGCGUUGACUAGGCAUAUAUUACAGCGAUCUCUCAUUUUAUCACGGCGCGAUGCGUCGUAUCACUGGCUCUUUCAGCCCAGAAACUUAGAUAGGAUGAAAACAGUCUAGUCGUUACUCUAGUAUAUUACCCGCUCCUGUAUU